AAAUCGACAAACUCUUAAUCAGUGUAGUAAAUUGACUGUUUAUAUAAAUAAUUUAAAACACUAAGCAUGUUAAAGUUUAUUAGUACUUAUUUACAAAAUUAAAUUGGUCGCGCGGAGCUAAUAAACUUUAACGUAUACAUAAACAAUAAGAAAAUUACUGUCGUGUUUAAAAGCAUAAGAUUUAAUGUUUAUUCACCGAGCUGAUUUAACUUCCUCAUAUAUGGGUACAUUAAUGAAUAAAUAAAUGUUUAAAAAAAACUGGCUACUUUAUUCAAUUUAUAAAUAUCGGAAUAUCAACAUGGGAAGUUGAUGUAAACAAAAAUACAAGGAAGUUUUAAACGUUAUAGACAUAUAUGUAUCUUAACUGUAAUAUUUAAAUAAUCAUGAAUGUUUUCAUACUGAUCAUUGGAAUAUUUAUUUCGUUGUCAAAAGUUGAAGGUACAACAACUAUUCUAGUACCAAGUGCUGGUAACUGUGGGGACAAUACAGUCCUAACAUGUCAGUUUACUGGUAGUAUUGGCUAUACUAGCUGGUAUGGAUUGAACAAAGAUAUUGUAAUAAAUGGAGGUGUUGUAAGACCAGAAGACAACAAUAAAUAUACAGAAACCAGGAGAACAUCAUCAUUGACAUUGACAAUACACAACACUAGCAUAACUGAUGAAGGAGAUUAUAAAUGUAAAAAUGGAUUUGAUGAGAGUCAGCUAAAACGUUUAAACGUUGAAUGUAAAGCAUCAUCAGCUACACACAGCGUUACAAGUGGAAAGAAAGUACAGAUAACAGUAAAUAAACUAUAUCCUGCCUCACCAACACUUACUGUUACAUUUAAAAGACAGAAUAGCGCCAUCCAGAUAUCAGGAUCUACAGCAUGUUCAAGUAGUUCACAGUAUACAGGCUACUAUAGAUGUGUGUGGACUUCUAGGAACUCUUUAGAUGAUGGGUCGUAUACAUACAGCAUUGUUGUUACAACAAUCACACAAGCUGCUCCACUUACAGGAUCAUUCAAAAUAGCUUCACCUACUACACCAGUGAUUUCAAAUGUUGUGCAGUUGAAUGCUAGUCGUGAAGUUGUUUACGGAAAUGAAGGACAAUCUCUGACAAUACAAUGUACUUCGACUGGAGGAUAUCCCUCACCAACGGUAACCUGGUAUAAGAACAGUAUAUCUAGCUCUAACCAGUUGUCCACUACAAGUUCAGGGACGUUACAAAGUGACGGUACAUACACUGUCACCUUACAACCUACAUUUACACCUGCUAGAUCAGAUGAUAGGAAAUAUUUGAUAUGUAGAUCGUACUAUCCACAAGCUGAUAGUGCUCAAGUUGGAUCAAAUAACAAAUCUGUGUUACUUUUCCUAAGUUUAAAGCCUAGUCAGCCAACAGUUUCACAGACAUCUGUUGUAUCAGCUGGUAGUUCUGUAACGGUAAGAUGUACAACAAGUGGAUGUAGACCAGCAGCCAGUAUAUCCUGGUUAUAUCAAGGUGUGACAUAUAGUGGCAGUACAACAAACACAGCCGAUGAUGCAACAGAAACAUUUACAGUCGUUUCUACGUAUACUAGGCAGGUGACAGCUGCAGACAAUGGGCAAAGUAUACAAUGUAUAGUUACUCAUCCAGCAUUAGUGAGUCCCGCACAACUGACUAGAUCAACAACUUUUAAUGUUCAGUGUAAGUUAAUAUUAAAUUGGCAUUUACCGAUGUAAACAUAAUAUAAUUUAUUCAGUAUAGUUGUAUUUUCUAAAUGAAGCUGUGAGUUGAAUAAGGCAGAAAAGAUAAGAUUUUUGGAAUAUGACAAUAAUGCAUGUCUGAAAAUUGUAACAAAAUAUAAGGGCAGUAUUCAUAAUGCAUACAUAUCAUUCCUUACAAAGAAAUAUCAAUAUUAUAUUAUUAAAAUGGUGUAUUGUAUGCGAAACAGUCAUGUCUUUAUUUGAUUUAAGCAUCAUUUCAAUUAAGACCACUUUUACGCAAAUGUUACAUUUCAGUUCAAACCAGCUUUAUGCAAAUGUUACUGGAAAUGAAAAAAAUAAAUGAGUAUAAUCAUGACAUAUUUUUACACCAAUACAUAGCUGCUUUGUACUUCAGUUAACCAUUUACAGAUAUAACUUUGGAAACUUUUAUAGUAUAGAGCAGUGUGGAAAUUAAUGACCACAAAAGCGUAUAUUUUAUUUAAAUGUCAGUCUCCAUAUGCAUAUUGUCUGUUUUGAAACGGAAUUCAUAUAGACUAGAAUUACUGUCAACCGAAUUCAA